CUGAGUCUGGUUUUCUCUAUACAUGCAUUAUCCAUUACUCCGUUCCAAGCACUGUAUGGACUAAGUAACUAAUGGGUUUUGAGAUAGGUUAUUACAUGUGAACAUCCAUCCCUCGUGGGAUUGUUAUCUGGGACUAACACUGUAUGACGACUCAUUGGAUUAAUUUUCGCGAUUAAUAGGAUUUAUCAAAAUGAAAGUUCUGAAGGUAGCAGUAACAUUAGUUCUCUUUAGCAAAGCUAUAUUUGGUGGCUUCGUUCGUGUCCCCGAAGAUAAAGCAGGAUUCGUAGGUUCUGACAUCAUCAUGGACUGUCAUAUUAACGACACUGAUGAAUGCGGGCUACUCUGGUACAGAAAAUCAAAUGCAGAUUCCAAUGAGAUUCAGAUAUCGCGAUGUGAGAAAAUACUCAAGGAUAUGUCAAAGAAACUGCCAGGAAAAUAUAAGAUAAGUUCUAGAGCACCAUAUAGUUUGAUCAUCAAGAACCUGACCUACAGUGACAGUGGAAAAUAUAGAUGUUACAAUACAAUCGAUGGUAAAACUAUAGGUGGCAGAGAAGUGCAACUGGUUGUUUUGGAUCAUCUAAAAUGUCCCUCAAGAGAGUCAGAGGUACAGGAGGGUGAUACUAUAAUGUCAGAAUGUUCCCUUGCAUUUUCUGAUCAUAACGAUAUUGGAAAGAUACCACAUAUUGUAUGGACAAAAGGUAACGAAGCUAUCUCUGCAUCUGAAGUUAAGAUCGCUCAUAACAAUACUAAGUCUCGUAUUAAUGAAACAGCUGACGUAGCUCUAAAUGGUCAUGAAGUGGUAUGCAUGUUUAAGUAUAUGAACAUUCAGGAUCAUUGCAAAACCAAAUACAAUGUCUUGUUCGCAGCAAGGUCACCAAAACUGACCAUUAACUCACGAGAUUUCACAAACCGAAUAAUGAAACUUGAAAAGGGGGUCCAUAUCACGAUAAUGUGCUCUGCUUCUGCCAACCCAGUAGCAAAUUUCAGCUGGUAUUUCAUACCAAUCGACUACAAAAAACCUUUGUAUGCAGUAUCCUCGAAAAGUUCCUUAGAACUAGCUAAAUUCCAUAAGGACCUUUCUGGGGAGUACACCUGUGAGGCCCGCAAUCAAUUCAAUGGAAAAGUAGGAGAAAAAGCGAGUGUGACAUUGCAACUCAAGCGAGACAAACCACAGGAGAGUUAUACCCAAAUUUGGAUGUUGGCUGUGGGAUUAGGUGUCCUGCUUGCAUUGAUCUUCACCUUGAUCGGAUUCAUCCUUUACGUCCUAAGACGUAUAAAACGAACAAUACCUGUCCGAGGCCGUCAAAAUCAUGAAAAUCGUGAACAUGAUGAAACAUUGACACCAUUAUCUGAAAGUUGUCUCGAUGAUCGCCUUCUUGAAGUGAAUCGGACAGAUAGGAAUCGUAAUAAUAGUGAAACUGUGACUUCACAGAGUAGCACUCUCAUAUCACAUAAUAGUACAGUGUCAUCAAAUGAUGGGAAGUUAAUACCAUUCAAUGACAAUAUCAAAAUAUCACCUAAAACGCGAUAUAGGUCAUCAACAGAUGAUGACAACAUGACACCAGAAAGUCGGCGUGUUAUGACAUCAUUAAACACUGGUGAAUUGACACCCCUAAAUGAUGAUAAUAGUGCAUCUAGCAACCAAAGUCCUGUGACAAUAUCCAACAAGAAAUCAUGUAGGCGCUGUGGAGGAUCACCAAAGCCUACAAUGAUUGUAACUUUGAACAAUGACGGGCCAGUUGAGUCAGGCAUGAUAAGUAGACUAUGAUGUUCAGUUUAACCUGUCUAAAAUGAAUAAUUGCUGGAUUGCUUUAUUUGCUAAAAGUGUUCACCUGUGCAAAUGAUCUCAUAAAAUGGUUGUAAUAACAUGUGUGUCUUGUCUAUGAAACAUGAUAAAAAUUGGAAUUGAGGAAACUGUCUACAUUUCAAGGUCAUCAGUUCUGAGAGGGGUACUUGUACACUUCACAGAGGUGCUUUUCAAAGAGGUGCUCACUUUAAAGAGAUCUUCACAUAUGAAAGGUGUUAACAUCUGACACUUCAGAG